CUCUUCCGACUCGCACAGGCCAGGGAGUGGGGAGGAUAAGGCGCUGUCAUGGAGGAUGCCGCCGCGCCGGGGCGGACCGAGGGGGUCCUUGAAAGGCAAGGAGCGCCGCCAGCUGCAGGCCAGGGAGGAGCCCUGGUGGAGCUCACCCCGACCCCCGGCGGCCUGGCCCUGGUGAGCCCCUACCACACCCACCGGGCUGGGGACCCCUUAGACCUCGUGGCGCUCGCAGAGCAGGUGCAGAAGGCUGAUGAAUUCAUCCGAGCAAAUGCCACCAACAAGCUGACAGUCAUAGCUGAGCAAAUCCAGCAUUUGCAAGAACAAGCCAGGAAGGUACUGGAGGAUGCUCACAGAGAUGCCAACCUGCACCAUGUAGCUUGUAAUAUAGUGAAAAAACCUGGCAACAUUUACUACCUCUAUAAACGGGAGAGUGGUCAGCAGUAUUUUUCCAUCAUUUCUCCAAAGGAAUGGGGGACAAGUUGUCCACAUGACUUCCUUGGUGCCUACAAACUACAGCAUGACUUGUCCUGGACUCCGUAUGAGGACAUUGAGAAGCAAGAUGCUAAAAUCGGCAUGAUGGACAAGUUGCUAAGCCAGUCAGUGGCCCUGCCUCCAUGCACUGAACCCAACUUCCAGGGACUGACUCACUGAGAGUGGGCUCUGACAAACAGCUCUCACAGUACCUGGCUGUCAACUUCCUUGUUGCCCCCAUUGUUGCCUUGAGAAUUGAGGACAUGUAGGUGAAUCACAAACUUCUUGGAAAGAGACCCUGUGUGAAUGUAAAUGCUGUCAUUAUGACUUUUAAUUGGGAUGGUAAUAAUCAUUGAGACAGAGUCACUGUCUUUCAGGAUCCUCUUUGGACCACAGAUACCCAAGUCAGGCAGUUUCAGAGUAUUGGCCAAUGUACUUUCCUUCUUCCUCUCCAUCACUUCUUCCCUUAAGUUAAAGUGUUAGAGAAGACCUUCUUCCCAUAAAAAGGUUGGUGGAUAGUUUUCCAGAGAGAACCGUUUUUUUUUUUUUUUUUUUUUUAAUAUAACUGGUGGUAUUUAACAUUGGGGUUGAGGCUGUCUCACAGGUCGUGCAACUCCAGUUUAAAAUUCAUCUGGGAACGAGAAUGUUGGGUAAUGGAGGGUGAUUUAAAAAAAAAAAAACAACAACGACAACAAAAAAACACUUGGCUUAGCUGGACCAGAGAGUUGUGAUUCUGGGAUUUCUGUGCUGUUGAUGAGGUUUGUCUUGCCCCUUUUGCUCUCUCUGCCUUGCUAGAGUGACUAAGAAUCUGAGGCAGCAAAGGCCAGGUUUGGGGAGAGUCAACUUUGAAACUCACAAAUUUUAGACUUGGAAGAGACAUUAGAUGCUGCCACUAAUCAUUAUAGAAUCCACUGUGUAGUCUCCCAAGGAGGAGAUCCCAGGCUCAGCCACCUGCAGCAGAACAAACCCACUUAAAUGGCUACUUAAACUGUGGAAGAGAGUUAAGGCAGUAGAGUGAGAAACAAGCAGAACAGCCAAAUUGUUGACUGUGAGUUAACUCAGAUUGAAAUUCAUUUUGACCAGAAUUAUUCAAGAACUUAACAGGGUUUUGGCAAAAUUACUGUAGUUCUUAUUCUAACUAGGCUUUUGUAGGACUCUACCUUCUUUCUUGUCUGUUUGGUGGAAUUAGCUAAGUUUAUGGAAUAUUUAGCAUGGCUAUAAUCUAUUGCAAUAUGCUGUAAAAGGAGGGAGAGAUGUGUACUUGAACUGACAAUUGGCCAAAUUUCUCUCUGGAAAUGGAUGUUCCUGAUGCUGAUGUGCUUGGUAAUACCCUCCCCCGCCCCCUUCCCCCCCAUUCAUGAUCUUUCCUCAUAAACUGCAUUUCUUGUGAGCUGUAAAUGGUCCACCUAAGGCCUAGCACAGGAUGGGGCUAGAAUGUAACAAGCUCACUCAGAUGAUACUUGGUUGCUCAGUUCACAUGGGAAUGCUCUUUGGACUCAGCUGCAGAGGUCUUUUGCUGAGGUGCUGCAGAGCCGGAGGGAAGAGACAUUAGUGGUACAGUAGUGGAUUCUGACUACAGAAAGUUUACCAGGUUUUCAGAAGGUUCUGACCUGCAUGAUGAUGACACAUUUUGAAUAGGUGCUUUAUUAGUUACAGAUAAACAAAUUACUACGAACUUAAUGGUUUAAAGCAACACCUAUUUAUUUCAGAGCUUACAGGUUAGGAGUUCAGGCACCAUUUCAUUGGGUCCUCUGCUUCAUGGUUUCUCUGAAACCCUGUAAGGCUGAAAUCAAGUUAUUGGUCAGGGCUGUUCUCAUCUGAAGGCCUGACUGGGGAAGGAUCUGCUUCUAAGCUCACUUGUAUUGUUAGCAGAAUUUCUUUUCUUUCUUUUUUUUUUUUUUGAGACAGAGAGUCUCACUGUGUUGCCAGGCCUGAGUGCAGUGGCUCAAUCUCAGCUUACCGCACCCUCUGCCUCCUAGUUCAAGUGAUUCUCCUGCCUCAGCCUCCCGAGUAGCUGAGAUUACAGGCACACGCCACCAUGCCCAGCUAAUUUUUUUAUUUUUAGUAGAGACAGGGUUUCAUCAUGUUGGCCAGGAGGGUCUCUAUCUCUUGACCUUAUGAUCCACCUGCCUCAGCCUCCCAAAGUGCUGGCGUUUGAGCCACUAUACCUGGCUUGUUGGCAGAAUUUCAGUUCCUCAAGGGUUGCUGGCUUCAGGGUUUCCACUAGCUGACUGUUGGCUGGAGGUUGCCCUCACUUCCUUGCCACACGAGCCUCUAUAACAUGGCAGCUUUCUUAAGCAAAGUAAACAAGGAUUAGAGGCUGCUAGCCAGAUGGAAGUUACAGUCUCAUGUAGCCUGAUCACAGAAGUGACAUUUCAUCACCUUUGCUGUAAUCUGUUGGUUGGAAGCAAGUCACUAGGCCAGCCCAUGCUCAAGGGAGGGAGUUAUACAAAGGCAUGUAUACCAGAAGGCAGACAUCACUGAAUCAUUGAACAGAUCCUAGAAUCUAUCUGCCACAGUGCUCAGUUGAGAAGAAGAAAGGAAAAUUCUAGGUAAAAAAGGCAAUAUUACAAAGUGGUUAAGUGUGAUGGUAUCAAAGUCACAGAUCUGCAUUUGACUCUCAACUCUGACAAGACAGCCUCCCAGCUGGCAUCCCUGCUUCCCCCUCUAUCCCUUCUCCAAUCCAUUCUGCAUGCAGUCAUCAGCUUGAUCAUUUGAAAAUGCAAAUCUCCCUCACUCUUGACAUUUCCUAACCUCAGGAGUGGGAGAGCAGUGAUUGAAAAGAGAGAAACUUCCUUCCAUUCAGUAAGAUGUCCUCCCUGCACUGACCACCAAGGGGUGUCAUUGCUCUUUCCUGGUUAAGCCAGUUACCACACUUGGGAAGGGCUAGUGGCAAUGUGAGGUGAUUUGGGGCACCUCAGAAUGCGAAACUAGGACCCAGUGAUUAUAUACAGUAAUCACUUUUCAUUUACCCAUCUAUCUGUUCACCUGAUAAUUUCAUUAGUUUUAAGUACCUUCUAGGUUCCAGGUUCUGGUGAAUAAUAGAGCUGAAUAAGAAAUCACGAUUUCCAAGGAGCUCACAGUAUAGUAGGGAAGGAAACAAGUUAACAAUUACAAGAUGCUCUAAGAAGGGGUGUGAUAGAGGUAUGCAUGGAAUACUGUGGAGCUCCGGGGAGGGGUUCCUUAUUGAGCUUGGAGAAUUUGGGAAGACUCUUGGAGGAGCUGAUGCCUGCUUGGUGUUGAAAACCAUACAAGGAAGAACUUUCUGGAGGCUCCAAUUGCCCUUUCAUAGGAAGUUUGUCUUUUAGGGGUUGGGGUGAGGUUCAUUUUGGGAUGGAGUUUAUUUGUGAAUGAAGAAAGUGACAUCCAUUUAAGCCAUAUCAAUCAAAGCAGUCCUGGCAAUGAGGAGGGGUGCAGUGAGAUAUGUCCUGGCUAGAAAAUCCUUGUGUCUAAAAGCUAGGAGAUAGAUGAAGACAGGGAGGAAAAAACAUUCCAGACAAAAAAUAACAUGGAAGGGACAUUGACCAGAAUUGAUACGACAUUUGGGGAAUCGCAGGCAGUUAAACAGGAGAAUGUGGACUGGGGACUAUGGGAGAAGAACUAAUGGAAGGAUUUGGGGAGGUUGCUAAUAUUGGCAGCAGAGGCUGGGUAGAGGGAAGACAGGAGCUUCCAUCCCUAAUCAAGGCAAGGGAUGAUGGGAGUCUGAAUUAAAUAGUGGUAGAAUGAGAGGGCCUGUAUUUCACCAAUUACAAGGUGUACUUCCCACCCCCCCUACAUUUUGGUGUCUGUCAAACUUGGACACUUCUAAAAGUCAGUGGCAUGUCACAGUUUAAGUGGCAUUUUUUCUUUCUUAAAGCUACAUAAAAGAAUCAUAAAAAGCCGGGCGCAGUGGCUCACACCUGUAAUCCCAGCACUUUGGGCGGCUGAGGCGGGCGGAUCAUGAGGUCAGGAGAUGGAGACCAUUCUGGCUAACAUAGUGAAACCUCGUCUCUACUAAAAAUACAAAAAAUUAGCCAGGCGUGGUGGCGGGCACCUGUAGUCCCAGCUACUCGGGAGGCUGAGGCAGGAGAAUGGCAUGAACCCAGGAGGUGGAGCUUGCAGUGAGCGGCGAUCGCGCCACUGCACUCCAGCCUGGGUGACAGAGCGAGACUCCAUCUCAAAAAAAAACAAAACAAAAAACUACAAGCCAGAUCACAACACCUCUGUUAAGAAAAAAAUCCCAGAAUUUCUCAUUUCUUCCCUAGAUUCUGUGUGAUCUGCCACUCUCAGGACUCAGCAUGUUCCUGCUUUGCUGAUCUUGCUGUUCUUCCCACACACCAAGCUCACUGCUGCUCAUUUACAUUUGCUGCCUCAUCUGCUUGGAGCAUGGCCUCCAAGAUCUUUGCAGGUUUGUGUCUUCUCAUUCUUUAGGUCCCUGCUGAAAUACCACUUCCCCGAUGACCCUAUCAGAAAUACCAGCCCUUCUCACAUUAAAGUGGUUCUGAUUCUGCUUUGUUUUCCACAGCACUUAGCACAACCAGAAAUGAUUUAUGUUUUGCUUCUGUUUAUAAGUUCUGUGAUUAUAAGUUCUGUGAGGACAGA